GUUGGAACCGCUUCGAAUCCAGUAUAUCGUAAACGCCAUGUCGACUACGACGACCAUUUCGGAGCCGCAAGAUCCACCAAUAUUACAACCAAAACCAGAACGACCUCUGCAAAAUCAACAACCACACCUCCUCCAAGUCCCCUCCGAGCAACCAGCACAACUCGACGGCACCAGCGACGCAGGCCCACCUCGAUCCCAGAAUGCUACUCCUCAAACGACCACCCGCGUCCCCUCUCCUCGACCCGCAUCCGCCCAAUUUCCCCACACCCAAGUCACGUACGCAGACCCGGAUUUCACGACGCCUCCGCCGCUGAACUAUACCCUGCGCACCAGGAAAAAGGCCAUUUUCUUUUUCUGGACCCUCAUCAUCCUCGACUGCGUCUUCAUGCCCAUAGGCCUCUACUUUGGCAUGUGGUACGGCACGACGCGAGACCAGUUGUCCGCCAACGCCGUGUUCUCCAUUAGUACUGCUCUACUCGGGACCGUCUCCAUCGUCGAGUACUUCAUCCGAUUCCACAGGCUCUGGAAGAAGAAUAGCCGUUGCAGGGUCAUUGGCGCACGGCGGUGGUAUCUCGACUGGUUCCAUUGGAAUCUGAGCGUCGGCUGGUUUUUUGUCAUGAUUGAGUUGAUUGCGGGAACAUCCCUCCGGGACCCACCCAUCCGCGUCCUUGCCAUCCCCGCCUCAACCAUGUGCUUCGCCAUAGGCUGCGAACUCCUCCUCAUCGAUAUCCUGCGUCUCCGCGGCGUCCCCGCUCCCUGCCGCAUCUCCUCUCUCCCUAAGGGUGCGCCCCUCCGCCCCGGUAUAUACGCCUACAUCGAAGACGUCUGCGCCGUCGACGGAUCGGGUGGGACGGAGUUCAGACAGAGAUUGAACCUAAGAUAUCAGGCGAGCAAGGUCUUUAGGGAGAUGUUGCAUCGGUUGACGCUGUUUUGGGGGAUUGGCGCCAUUGCCAUUGCGGGGGUGACGGUGACGAUUUGUUUCACCAUCCAGAGGGAUGCGGCGUAUGUGGUCGGCUGGACACUGCCGUUCCUCUGGGCCGGCGUCUGGACCGCCAUUACCAUCCCCUGGGUGCAGAAAGAGCUCCGUCGCGAGCACGAACAGUGGACCACUGCAAAGUGGAAGGCUUAGACUCAGGAGGC